AUGCCAAAUUAUCAGUGCUACGUUCUCGAUGAAUAUUUGCAAUUAGUUGGCAUUAAUCAGCUAGAUGAGCUGUAUAUUGGCGGUGCUGGUGUAUUCUCCGGUUACUAUGGUCGUGAUGACUUGUCAAAGAAGGCUUUAAUUGAUAUACGAGGACAACGAUGUUACAAAACAGGAGAUCUCGCUAGACUCGAUCAGAACGAUCAACUUCAUUUUUGUGGUCGUGCUGACUUCCAAGUCAAAUUGAGAGGACAGCGAAUUGACAACGCGCUUACAACGUGCCGGUAAAUCAAAAUUAUAGUAGAAUUGAUUUUUAACUUUUUUACACAUGGUUAGGUAAAACUCAUUCAGCUGAUUAAGAAUAUGUGAGUUUUAAUUUUUCUUGAAGUUUUUUUCGGGUUAAAGCUAGAAGGGUCGAACAAUGGAAAAAAACGGCCGAUUUUCGAAAAAACGCUAAACUCUAUCUGAAGUUUAUUUUCAACACUUAAAACUAAUUUGUUCAGAC